GGGAGCUCACGGGAAACGUACUGGGUCUUUCGGCCAAGUAAGAUAUUUUAAAUAAACAAUACAUCUUUCCUCAUGCCUCAUUAGAGUAACCCAGACCAGCAGCUAAAACACCCUGAGGCCACGAUGGCUGACAGUCCUACAACAAUUGACGUGAGCGGUCAGUUCUCCGGAGGAGAGGAGCAACCAGAAAGAGAAGAAGGUGGAGGAGGAGAUCCGGAGAAGGAUGCGGGAGGUGGUUUGACGGAUGCCAAGAGAGAAGUGUUGGAGAGAUGCCUCCACGCUCUCAAACAUGCUAAGAACGAUAGCCAUACUUUGGCUGCACUUCUUUUGAUCACACGUUUGUGCCCUGCUUGCCAACUGGACAAACCCACCUUGACGCGCAUCUUUGAGGCUGUGGGUCUCAACUUUCCAGCUCGGCUGUUGGUGACUGCAACAAAGGGGAACGGCGACCCUAGCUUGCCCCCUCAUGAGCUCCUUUCAUUGGGUACAGCUCUGUUGUCUGCCCUGAGCACAGAUCCAGACAUGGCCUCUCAGCCUCAGCUCCUCGCCACCAUUCCGCUACUGCUGGAAAUUUUAGCAUGCAAUCCAACAAACCAAAACCAGACAGGGGCCCGAAAUGGAGAGACUGAGCAGAUUCCCGAAAGUAUGAGCGAUGAGGCUAAGCUAGAAAGAGAAACUGAGAUCAGCAAGCAAAAGGGCGAGGAUGGUGAUAAUGGUGCGGCUCACCCAAAAUCACCGCCUGUAAAGCUUGAUGAGGCCAUGGCCGCAGACUGCUACCAGGUUCUGACUGCCGUGUGUACCCAGCCCAGGGGUCCUGACCAUCUGCUUAACCGAGGAGCUGUUCCCGCUCUGUGUCAGGCUUUAGAACAGAACCAGACCAUGAGCCAAAAGAUGGGGCUUCCCCUGCUCGUUUGCCUCCUCUCGGGUAAAACCAAAGACAAAGCGUGGCGCAAACACUCAGCCGAGUUACUGACCUUGCUGGUGAAGAUGUCCAAAGACUUCUGCAAAUCCACUGACCAGACCAGUCUGGAUAUGUGCUCCCACUUGGUCAAUGUUCUACCUCCAGGGGGAGUCACUGUUGAGAGGGAGGUGCUGAGGGAUGUCGUGAGCCGAGUGUGGGGGGCACUGCGACCCAUGGUGCAGGCUAAGUUGACACAGAGACAGAUUGGGCCAGUUUUGGUCCUCAGCGCAUGUCUGCUUGAUUUGUACGGGUGGGAACUGGCUGGACCGCCAAAGUUCUGCUGCUUACUGGUGAAUCGAGCUUGUGUGGAGGUCCGGAUGGGAUUGGAAGAACCGCCUGGAACUGAUCUGAGCCGAGAGCUGCAGAACAUACUCACAGGUUGCUACCGGAUCAUGGAGGCGGCCAUAGAGCAGGCCUGCAGCCCGGCAGUUAUGCCCACUGUCCCACCCGCUCAGAGCUCCGUCUCCUCCCUAAGUCUGCAGCAGAGCAGGCAGGUCCUCGGCGUACUGGAGGAGGCCUUCUCGGCUCUGAUGUACCACCUGCAACAGGUUGACCAGAGUCGCUAUGGCGAGCCUUUUGUUUUUGCCACAUUCCGCUGCCUGUGCACAUGGCUGGCCGAGGAGACUUCCUGCCUGAAGGAGGAAGUGAGCGCGCUGCUGCCAAUUCUCAUCAGCUACUCACGGAGCCACCUGCUGGCCGAGAACUCCGAGCGGGGACUCUCUGACUGGAUGGAUAAGAUGGCUGUCGCCGAUGAGAGCGGGACCUGGACGGGCAAGGAGCCGCUUAGGUAUCUCCUGCCAGCUUUGUGUCACCUGUCUGCUGAGGAAAGUCCCAGGAAGGUGCUGCUCACCCUUGACACGCCAGCCUUGCUGGUGUCCUACCUGUCGAACAGCUUUACUUGCUUGAAGGGUAAAAGCGGAGCGUCCUUAUUGAGGGACCCCAGCAUGGAGACAGCCUGCUCGGCCCUCCUCAACUUCUCCGUCACAGAGCCUGAAAGUGUCAGGAAGGAUCAGUGCUUCAGAACAUUGGAGAAGCACCUGAGUGAAGCACUUCCUGUUUUAGUGAACAAAUCUAGCCUCCUUGUCCUCACAGCUAAUUACUGCACUUUGGGUCUGAUGAUUGGCAGACUGAAGGCAGCUCCAACAGGUUCGGCCGAAGCCGGUCAGAGGCGCUUCUUUUCCACGGCUCUCCGUUUUCUCCACAGCGCUCUGAAUUCGGAGCUCAGCCCGGGGCCGGUCAAGGUGAGCCCCGGCUGGGAGGACAGCUGGGACGAGGUCGCCGAGCUCUGGAGGUUGGCUCUGCAGGCUCUGGGGGGCUGCGUCUGCUCUCAGCCCUGGAUCACCGCGCUGGUCAGAGAGGAAGGAUGGCUGAGGAACACGCUCGGCACGCUGGGUCGCUGUAGCGCCCUACCCGACCGGCACUCGCAGGAGGCGCUAGAGGAGGCUCUGUGUGCCUUGGCCGACCAGUGCCCUCUCUCCAAACAGGACAUUGGGGAUGCAAUGAAGAGGGACGAUAAAGGAGCUUUGAGCUGCAUGAACAACCUGAAGAAAGCGAUAGGAGUCAAAUGAAUGAACGAAUGGGGGACGAAGCUAUUAAUACACACUUACUGAUGGUUGUCAUUGAAUCAGAGAAUGACUGAAUCCAAUAUGCAUAUGUUUCGGGUAAUGACAAAUGAGCUCUAAGUUCUAUUGUUUUCACUGAAAAUACAUAGGUCAAAAUGUUGGAGAAUUUAAUAAAGAAAUAUUUUCUUACAGAACGGUAA